GGGAGGGGUGAUCCCUCCUCCUGGCUGAGCAGACGUCCUAUAUAUGAAGAAGUAGAAGUGCAGCUGUUCACAAGUUUCUCUGCUAGAAGAACACGAUGGCAGCUGACGGCGUUGUCUUAAAUCACCUCAACCUCCAGAGUGGUCACUGUGUGGAGGUGAAGGCCGUCAUUCCGGAGGGCUGUAAGGGAUUUGCCGUAAACUUGGGAAAGGAUCAUAAGAAUUAUCUUCUACACUUCAACGCUCGAUUUGACCUUCAUGGAGACACCAACAAGAUAGUCUGCAACUCGAAGGAGGACAACGCCUGGGGAGAGGAGCAGAGGGAGAGCUUCUUCCCCUUCCAGGCGGGGUCAGAAACCUCGAUUUGCUUCAAGUACGACCAAGACAAGAUCAACGUACAAUUAUCUUCCGGGGAGAAUUUCUCGUUUCCAGCCCGCUUUCCCACAGAUGGGAUCUCAUUCUUGUCCUUGGAAGGCAUCCAGCUCAAGUGCCUCACACUAGAAUGAGGAAUUCCGCAGUAGAGGAGCCGCCUGGCCCACGUGUCCAUAUUCAGGAUCUGUGAAAUAUGGCCAUAGUGAAUGAAGGAAAAAAUAAAUAGUUGUAUCCUGUUUUGUAACCCCCUCCCCCCAAUCUGUAUCCUUGCUGACUUAUAGCCCUGUGUUGUGCUUUGCUCAGUUCAUGUAUUAGAAAAGAAUUUCAUCCACAAUUCAUAUAAUAUCUAAAGAACUCGUGCCUGAUCCAACCGAUCAUUUUAUCAUUCAGCACUGAAACUUUGGAUUCAUCUUCGUAGUCGAUAUCUCUACCUGCUCCAUAGCGCCGCCCUGCUGGAGGACUAUGGCAUUACUUUUAAAAAGGGCCACGGUAACCAACAGAGGGCGCUAAUUUUACAUUUUCUGCCUGCAUAGUCUGAUUUCUUGGAUUUUCAAUAAAACAAUAAAAAUCUUUCUGAUC